AUGAAUUCAACAUCGACACAUUUUGUGCCACCGAGAAGAGUUGGGAUAUACGAACCUCUCCAUCAGAUUGGUAUGUGGGGGGAAAGUUUCAAGAGCAAUAUUAGCAAUGGGAACAUGAACACUCCAAGCCACCUUAUAAUACCGAGUCAUCAAAAACUAGACAACAACUUGUCAGAGGAUACUUCACAUGGAACAGCAGGAACUCCACACAUGUUUGAUCAAGAAGCUUCCACGUCAAGACAUCCCGAUAAGAUACAGAGACGGCUUGCGCAAAACCGCGAGGCUGCUAGGAAAAGUCGCUUGCGCAAGAAAGCUUAUGUUCAGCAGUUGGAAACAAGCCGGUUGAAGUUAAUCCAAUUAGAGCAAGAACUCGAUCGUGCUAGACAACAGGGAUUCUACGUGGGGAAUGGAAUAGAUACUAAUUCACUAGGUUUUUCGGAAACCAUGAAUCCAGGGAUAGCUGCAUUCGAGAUGGAAUACGGACAUUGGGUUGAAGAACAGAACAGACAGAUAUGCGAACUAAGAAGCGUCUUGCAUGGACACGUCAGCGACGUCGAGCUACGUUUGCUAGUUGAAACCGCCAUGAAACACUACUUUGAGCUUUUCCGGAUGAAGUCAUCCGCUGCGAAAGCAGAUGUUUUCUUCGUCAUGUCAGGGAUGUGGAAAACUUCAGCCGAACGGUUCUUCUUGUGGAUCGGCGGUUUUAGACCCUCCGAUCUUCUCAAGGUUCUUUUGCCACAUUUUGAUAUAAUGACGGAUCAGCAAAUUCUAGAUGUAUGCAAUCUAAGACAAUCGUGCCAGCAAGCGGAAGAUGCAUUGUCUCAAGGUAUGGAGAAGCUUCAACACACUCUUGCCGAUUGCGUUGCAGCUGGACAGCUCGGUGAAGGAAGUUACAUUCCUCAGGUCAAUUCUGCUAUGGAGAGAUUAGAAGCUUUGGUCAGUUUUGUUAACCAGGCUGAUCACUUGAGACACGAGACGUUGCAACAAAUGUAUCGGAUCUUGACGACGAGACAAGCGGCUCGAGGAUUAUUGGCUCUUGGUGAGUAUUUUCAACGGCUUAGAGCUUUGAGCUCGAGUUGGGCGACUAGACAUCGUGAACCAACAUAG